AAGGUGGAUAAGACUUCUUCUUCAUCUUAUGCUCUAAUAACGAAGCUGUUUUAUUCUGACUCUGUCCUUACAGAACUCAUACAGAGAGUUAAAGAGGAACAUAAAGCCAGUCUGAAGAAGAAGUUUAGGUUUGUGUUUGAAGGCACUGCAGAGGAAGAAACUCCCCUGAACAGCAUCUACACACAGCUCUAUAUCACGCUGGGAGAGAAUGAAGGAGUUAAUAAAGAACAUGAGGUUUGGCAGAUUGAAUACACAUCCAGAAGAGAAACAUCGUCGGACACUCCAAUCAACUCUAAUGACAUAUUCAAACCCUUAGCUGGACAAGAGAAAGAAGAGAAGAGACCCAUUAAAACUGUGCUGACAAAGGGCAUUGCUGGCAUUGGAAAAACAGUCUCCGUGCAGAAGUUCGUCCUUGACUGGGUCGAAGGAAAAGCCAAUCAGGAUUUGGAUUUCAUCUUUGUCCUCCCUUUCAGAGAGCUGCAUUCGAUCAAAGAUGAUGAGUUAAGUCUUCAUGGACUUAUAAAUGACUUCCACCCUGAACUUACAGAGAUAAAAGAUGCAAAGAUAUAUGCUACCAGCAAAGUUCUGUUCAUCUUUGAUGGUCUGGAUGAAAAGCGACAUCCACUAAAGUUCAAUACCAAGAGGGUGACUGAUGUUACAAAGACAGGUCACAAUGUAGAUGUACUGGUGACAAACCUCAUCGAGGAGAAGCUGCUUCCCAAAGCUCUGAUCUGGAUAACCUCUAGACCUGCAGCAGCCAAUCAGAUUCCCCGUAGAUACAUCAACCUGGUGACAGAAGUAAGAGGGUUCGAUGAGCGACAGAAAGAGGAGUACUUCAAAAAGAGGGUCAAGAAUGGGGAAGUUGCCAGAAGAAUCAUCGCACACAUUACAACAUCGAGAACUUUCCAAAUCAUGUGCCACAUACCAGUCUUCUGUUGGAUUUCCGCUAAGGUUCUUGAGGAACUGUUGAGAGAAAAUGUGAAUGGAGAAAUCCCUACAACUCUGACUGAGAUGUACACUCACUUCCUGCUCAUUCAAAUACAGCUGGCACAAAAGGAUCCUGGGCAUGAGAGGGAUACACAGAAGAUCUGGGAAUCAAAUAAAGACUUCCUUCUGAAGCUGGGGAAGCUAGCGUUUGAACACCUGGAGAAACGCAAUCUCAUGUUCUAUGAGGAAGACCUGAAUGAAUAUGGCAUUGACAUCAGUGAAGUUGCAGUCUACUCUGCGUUGUGCACAGAAAUCUUUAAAGAAGAGAAGGUGUACAAAAAGAAGGUGUAUUGCUUCAUGCAUCUGACCAUUCAGGAGUUUAUUGCUGCCCUCUUUGUUUUCCACUGUUUCACAACCAAGAGCCUCAAGACGUCAUCGAGCCUCAAGUCUUUCCUGAUGGAAGGUUCAGAACCAUAUCUCAAAGCUAUCUUGGAGAACGAGCCUGUAGACCUUCCCUUGGAUGAGUUGAUGGAGAUUACCAUGUACAAUUCUGUGUCCAGAGAGAAUGGAGAGAUGGACAUGUUCCUCCGCUUCCUUCUUGGAAUGUCUAUGGAAUCCGUUCAGUGCCUCCUACAAGGCCUGCUGCCAAAGACAGAGAACAGUUCAGAGAUUGUUAAAGAAAUGAAGAUAAUACUCAAGGAGAUGGAUCUAAUUGAUGUCUCCCCUGAGAGGUGCCUCAAUCUCUUCUCUUUGACUGAAGAAGUUAGAGACCAUUCCCUACAUGAAGACAUUCAGAGAUAUCUGUCAGAAAAGGAAGCAGACAGAGAGCUCUCACCCGCUCAUUGCUCAGUACUGGCCUAUGUACUUCUGAUGUCAGAGAAGGUGUUGGAUGAGUUUGUCCUGAAGAAAUAUAAAACCUCCCAAAAGGGUUUUUUCAGACUUCUUCCAGCUGUGAGGAACUGCAGAAAGGCAAUAAUUGAAGGCGUUUAUCUGGAUAGAUGGUACUGUGCAGCGUUGGCCUCAGCUCUCCAGUUACCAAACUCACCAUUGAGAGAACUGCACCUGAUAGAUUUAAUCUUGAUGGAUUCAGAAGUGGAUGUGCUCUGUACUGGACUGUCUAGCCAAGACUGUAAACUGGAAGCACUGAGUCUCUGCGGGAAUGGACUCGUAAAAAAGGGCCGUGAUAAUUUGGUCUCCUCUAUAAAAACAGUUCUCAGCUGCAACCUGAGAGAGCUGGGCUUGAGUAACUUCACACUGCGGGAUUCUGUAGUUGAGGUACUCUCUACUGGACUAGGGAGUCAACACUGUAAACUGGAGAUACUGAGGCUGAAUCGAAAUACACUAACAGACGACUUCUGUGAAGUACUAGUCUCCGCUAUCAGCUCAAAUUCCUCUCAUUUGAAAGAGCUGGACAUUGUUCACUGUGACCUGAUCGAUUUAAGAGUGGAGCUGCUCUCCACUGGACUCAAAAGUCCACACUGUAAACUGGAGAAAUUGAGGUCAGUAUGUUUCUUGUUCUCAGGUUUGUAUUUCUUGAAGGAUAUAGGCAGGGCAGUGAUCAGGGGGAGGCUCUAUCAAUGUAAUCUCAAUAACAAAAGUUGUGAAGCACUGGCGUCAGCUCUUCAGACCAUCCCCUCACACCUGACAGAGCUGGAUCUGAGUAACAAUGACCUGAAGGAUUCAGGAGUGAAGCUGCUGUCUACUGCACUGGGGAAUCCCCACUGUAAACUGGAGACUCUGAGGCUGCCGUUCUGUAGAGUCACAAAGGAAGGCUGUGAUUAUCUGGCUUCAGCACUAACGUCAAACCCCUCCCACCUGAGAGAGCUGGACCUGAGCUACAAUUACCCAGGAGACUCAGGAGUGAAGAUGCUCUCUGCUACUAUGGAAGAUCCAGCCUGUAGACUGAACAUCAAUAUUGACCAGAACGAUGAGUGCUGGGUGAAACUGGAGCUGCUGAAGAAGUAUGCCUGUGAUCUCACACUGGACCCAAACACAGCAAACAAACACCUUUCUCUGUCUGAAGGAAACAGAGUGGUGAGAUAUGAGAUUAAGAAACAGCCGUAUCCUGAUCACCCAGAGAGAUUUUAUGACGCUUUUCAGGUUCUUUGUAGAGAGGCUCUGACUGAGCGCCAUUACUGGGAAACGGAGUCAACUGAUGACGUUGUUCUCGGAGUGACGUACAAAGGAAUCAAAAGAAAAGGCAGCAUCUCCAAUGACGUUGUCAUUGGACACAAUGACAAGUCCUGGUGUAUGGAGUACAAAACACAUUUUUGUCAUAAUGGCGCAGAUAUUACAUUCCCCCCCUUUAGGAACCACUCUAGGCACAGAAUAGGAGUGUAUCUGGACUGGCCGGCCGGCACUCUGUCCUUCUACACGGUCCUCUCUGAAACAUUGACCCAUAUGUACACAUUCCACACCACAUUCACUGAGCCCCUCUAUCCAGCUUUUGGACUAGGUAGCUGUAACCCUUGCUCAGUGUCCUUGUGCCAGGUAGAGUAGCCUUCUCGGGGUCCUGGAGGAACACCUGGGUCUCCAUGACAACAGUCACACACACAACCGUGGGACUUGAUGCGGUUGACAGUGGUCAUGACUUCAGAUAUGGACAUUAAUACAUCAGAUGAUUAGAUUAUAUUCCUGUGACUGUACAUCCAUGUUCUGUAAUGUUAGUGCAGUUAUGUGAAAUGCUUUUGACUUUGAAUAGGAUACAAUUUGUUGUUAAGUGUGAUCAAAUACUUUGUAAAUAUUAGUUUGUUAAAUAUGUGUUGCUUCAAACAGGAACCACAACACACCCGUCUGUCUGUGUACAGGAGGCCAGAGUUUCUCAAGAGAAAUAAAGCUUUGGUUUAGA